AAAACACUGCAGUUCGCAGAUAAUUGCCUGGCUUUCUUACAGUGUUACGGAUGACGUCGAAAAUAUCAUAAAGGACAAAGACUUGUAAUACAUGUUCUUUGCUUGUAGCUAGGUUUGUCUUGGACUUUUGACCGAGAUGGGUUUAGUAGUACGGAUUCCGCCUUGAUCUCUUGCCAAGUUUUGAGGACAAGUUCAAACCGUCAUAUUCCCAAGGUCAGUUAGCCGUCCUCAGCUUGUCUACAGAUUAGGAUGAGCUGCGUCAGUAGCGACCACGGCGAUAACCAGACUCGGGCGAGUCAUCGGAGCUCCUAGCGUAUAUCCGAAGGGGCGGCACGAGUAUGAAUGCAAGAGUUCCCCUCAUCCCGAGCCGUGGAGCAGUCUGGAGGUAGCUACCCCUCACCACUUACACACACACACAAAACCUACCCCGCGAUGUCGUCCAAAGCGCCCUGGGGGUCGCGACUCGCCAAGGAGAGCGGCUUCCGCGCCAUAGUGCAGUCGGGCCGCGACACCAAGCUGCUGUGCCUACAGCGCUUCGUGCGGCUGUACGCGUACGGCGCGUCGUUCCUAAUCCUAGCGCACUUCCUAUCGGGGCUGGGCUUCGCGGACGAGCGCAUCGGGCUGUUCAUGACGCUGACGCUGCUGGGCGACGUCGUCAUCAGUCUGGCGCUGACGGCCGUCACGGACAGGGUCGGGCGCCGGCGCGUGCUGGGCGCCGGCGCCGCGUCGCUGGCUAUGAGCGGGCUCGUCUUCGCCGCCAGCACAAACUACUGGCUGCUGCUGUUCGCGAGCGUCGUCGGCGUCAUCAGCCCCAGCGGCAACGAGAUCGGGCCGUUCCGCGCCAUCGAGGAGUCCGUCCUCGCCCAGCUCACCGCCAAGGACCAGCGCAGCGACAUCUUCGCCUGGUACACCCUGUUUGGUACCGCCGGCGCCGCCCUCGGCACCCUGACCUGUGGCUGGGCCGUCCAGCUGCUCGAGGACAAGGCCCACUGGUCCACGAGCAGCGCGCACAGGGCCGUCUUUGUCAUUUACGCCGUUCUGGGCAUCGUCAAGCUCGGCCUCGUGUGGUGCCUCGGCCCGGCCGUCGAGGUGGACGCCCCGGAGACGCAGUACCAGGAAGUCGCGCUGGAGCUGGAAGACAACCCCCUGAUGUCGGACGACGACGACGACGAAGACGAAGCCAACACCCGACCAGCUCCGGCUGCACCGCCUCCACCUCGCCCAAUCAGCAGCGUGGCACUAGUCCUGCAGAGCUUCCGCGACCUGGUGCCGUACAUCUCGCCGCUGUCGCGGUCGAUCCUGUACCGGCUGCUGGUGCUCUUCUCGCUGGACUCUUUCGCGUCGGGCAUCGCGUCGCCGUCGUGGCUGACGUACUUCUUCACGACGGUGCACUCUUUGUCUCCAGCAGCACUAGGCACGCUGUUCCUCGCCACGAACCUGCUCGCAACACUCUCGAACCUGGCCGCGCUGCCCAUGGCGCGGCGCCUCGGCCCGCUGCGCACCAUGGUGUUCACGCACCUGCCGUCGGCCGUGUUCCUGGCGCUGAUCGCGCUGCCGCCGGCCUCGCCGCGCGGCACCCCGCUCGCCAUGACUUUGCUGGCCCUGCGCGCCUGUACGCAGAGCAUGGACCAGGCGCCGCGGCAGGCGUUCCUCGCGGCGGCCGUGCUGCCCGCCGAGCGCACCGCGGUCCUCGGCGUCGUCAACAUCACCAAGACCCUCGCGCAGGCCGGCGGCAUCGGCUCCUCGGGCGUCUUUGCUGCUAGGAAGCUGUGGGUGUUGGGCUUGGGCGGCGCCGGGUUGAUGAAGGCUGCGUACGACCUGCUCAUGCUGUGGAUGUUUCUGGGCCUCAAGGAACGCGAGGCGGAGGCGACGGCGGCGGCGGCGGAGUCUCGCGUGGAUCCGGGAGACCCUGAAGAGGCUUGAACGGGGUUUGUGGGGGAUGGCUCCCCUUUUAGGAAGAUGCUGUUUCUUGGCAAUGUGUGAGUGACACAGUGCGGCGCUAAAGGUCGCUGCUCGGAUAUAGCAUAUGGCUUCCAGUUAAUGGAAGAUUUCAGAGU